ACGUCAUCUUACAGGAGCGUGCACGUGGGCGUCCUUGUUUACUUCUGCUAUGGAAAACGUCCCAGAACUGUUCUCCUUUCGGUGUCUUUGCCUUCUUGACCAUAUCAUGUAGCUGAUAUUGCGCAAUUCUGAAUUAAAAAUAUUAGGCCACAUGCUACAGUGAAAUUAUUUUUCAAUUUAUCUCAUUUUUGAACCAUGUUUCCUGAUGACGCAGCCGUAUCUUAGCUAGUUGAACACUGGUUGAAAUUGGGUCAGAUAUCAGAUAUCAACGUUGAAAUCCCAGUUAAUGCUUUCUGUGCUUUGUCUGCAUCGUUUCUAAGUCAACUGUCCCAAUCAACCAGCUGAAUUGAAACGCUUUAAAUGUGGGCCUAUACUUCUUUGCCGGGACUAAGCUUUGCCCAGUGUGACUGACUCUCUGUUGGACCCAGGUCUUUGAUGUGCUCAGGCUGAUCGCAGAUCAGAUAGACACGCUUCAUAUCUACUAAACCACACCCCCACUCUGUUUCUCUCCGUGUCUUUGAUCCAGGCAGCAGGCGGUGGCUUUCUUUUCGAUCUACAGACGGCUUCGUGUUGUGCUUGUGCUAGGCCGGGGGGACAGUCACAGUGUAGUGCUGGCAUGGUGAGCAGAUCAGUGCGGGUAGCAACUCACUACCUUCCCUGACCUGUUGUCGACUCUGAACUAAAACUUGAUCGGCAGGCUCCGUUUUAGCAGCUACAGGCAGCAAGAGGCUCAUCAAGAUGGUUUUGAAGUGCCAGCACACAGUAUCACUUUUUCUAACUUUGCAUGUCAUGUAUUCACUCUUGAUUUUUAUUUGGGCAGAGGAGGAGACCAGAGAAUGCAGAGAACUGGAAUUCAAGGACCGGUUUGGGAACUGUAAACCCUGCAAGCAGUGUGAUCCAGGACAAGAGUUAUCAAAGGAAUGUGGCUUUGGAUAUGGAGAGGAUGCCCAAUGCGUGCCCUGCCGGAGCAGUCGCUUUAAAGAGGACCGAAGCUUGCAGAAGUGCAAGCCUUGCUUGGACUGUGGACUCAUCAACCGAUUUCAAAAGGGCAACUGUUCCACCACCAGCAAUGCUGUGUGUGGUGACUGUCUUUCAGGAUAUUACAGGAAGACCAAAUUGAGUGGUUUCCAGGACAUGGAGUGUAUAAUCUGUGGGGAACCUCCACCACCUUAUGAGCCUCACUGCACUGGGCGUGUGAACCUGGUUCUUUUUCCCUCAGUGGUGGGUAGUCCCCAGGACAUGGUCUUGGCUGCAGUUAUCUGCAGUGCUCUGGCAACUGUAAUGUUGGCCCUGAUGGUCCUGUGUGUUAUCUACUGCAAACGACAACUGCUGGAGAGGAAACCAAGUGCCUCAAUGAGGUCUCAGGAUUACCCCUACAGUGGAGCAGAGCUUUCCUGCCUGGACUCACAGUGGCCCCAUGAUUUCCCCCAGAGACCUUGUUGUCAAUGCCACCUAGGCCCUGGACACACCUAUGGUCCAGUCCAUCUGAUCCCAUCUCUGUACUAUGAUGAGAGCUACAGUCUGGGUGGAAGCCAAGAGAGAAGGCCCUUCGAGCCCCAAAGCCUAUGUGACAGAAAUAGAGACCAGGAUGAGGAAGGUGUCCUGAUGCAAUUUGGGGAAAAUCCAGACUCUCCAUGCAAAGAGUCUACCAAGAUGAGAGGAACUUUUAAGCCCUCAGAGUAUUUUGGGCAGCCUCUGAGUAAUUCUGAACAUGUAGAGAGACUACAGAGCGGGGAAAAUGAAAUGGAUAAAGGUGAAAGGUGCAAGCCAAGAGCGAUUUCAACUGUAAGACAGACCAACUGUGACGCUGUAACAGAUUCACUUCUUCAAAGACAGCACUUCACAAGUCAGGAAGGAUGAAAUGGAUUUCUAUUGGCUUGUGUUCCACCCUUGAACCACCAUGGAGUUAUUAACAUCUGCAGUCAGAUUCCUUAUCAGAUCACUCACUGGUCCCGGAUUCCACCUCACUAGAGACAACAAGCAUCUACCCUCAGGUGUGGCCACGCAGCCUUGUAGACAUGCCUGCUGCUGACUGCAGAGCCCCUCGUCAUAGUGUCAAAACAAAGCAUGUACAAUUUUUUGAACAAAAGCACUGCCAGAGAAUAGAAAAAUGUGAGGGGAAAGGCAUAUAUAGAUGUACACAAACAGAAUGUGAACUCCCUGGCCUAGAAGGAUCAAAUGAAGUUCCAACAUUGUGGAGUAUCUACUUAUUGUGGCAGAGCAAAGUGAAUCAAAAUGAGCCUCUGCUCUGCUUUGAUAAUAUCAUGCAUCUUCAACUGUAAAAUAAUACAAACUGUUCUACUUACCUAGCAGCUGGUAAUAUGAAGUUUUGAGUGUUAAGUUUAAAAUGUGAGUUGUGAAGAGAAUCAUGAAAUGAGGAAUGUUAAAGAGUCCAAUGUGUUGUAAGUACUGUAAAAUAUUCAAUAGGUUUAUAUUUUUGUAACAUAGACAAAACCUAUUGCAUAUUUGGUUUCUUUUCCUUGUUAUAUUGAAGAUUAUUUUGAACUGUCAUUUUCACACAGUGUGUAUCUAAAUAAAGGACUUGAACUAUA